CGCUGCUCUCGGUACUCACUUUCCUACCGUGCCCUGCUAGUCCCUGGACAGCCUGACGCGCAAUACUAUCGCCGCAACGCAUUAUUCCAGAACAUCUGAUUGAUUCCUCCAUCCCGCUUAUCCUAGAUACUCCUACUGUCACAAUGGCCUCUCAAGCAAGGCUGCGCGCCUCUGAUAUCACGUCUUCCUCUCGCUACCCCACCCAUCCGGACGACUUCUUGGCAAAAUACAAGACGUCCGCCAUGUAUCAAGUGCUAUUCAAUCCGGACCUCUUCGAAAUCAUUGUACGAUUUCUUUACGGUGCCGAGGGCCUGUAUGAUCCGAGUUCUGUUGCUUGCCUCGCUCGGUCGUCACGCCGGCUUCACCCCACUGCAUGUCGUGUCCUAUGGCGAGACAUGGACUCGCUGGUACCGCUCCUCAAGCUCAUACCAGGGUUCACCUGGAAGCAAUGCCGCGAGGAGGGCGAUGAAAUGCGUUGGGAGGCCGAUGCCUCCCGACCCAGCUCCGAGGCCCUGAGUCAGGCCGUCGACACCGUGAAAUUCGAGCGCUAUUCGCGCUACAUCAAACACUUCGCAUGGACAGGCGAAGACAUAACCUCUGAAACGUUGAAGUUUUUCGUGAAGACGUUGUCCUCACUCGACAAGCCGUGGCUUCCCGUACUACAAGUAUUCACUGACCAGUCUCUCGAGGACGUCCCUCCGUUGGCGGUGUUCGGCGCGCCUACCUUGGUGGAUCUCUGCUUGACUCCCACUCUGGCCAAAGAGAAGACCUUGGCGAACAUCUUCAAGGAACUACCAUCACGUUGUCCGAAACUCCGGGAGCUGCACAUGCUAGAGCCGGAUCCGGACUCAGACUCCGAGUCGGAGCAGACUGACAUCCCAUGGCUCAGCAAAUCCCGCACCUUCUACUCGGAGUUCAGCAACUUUCUCCGUAUGGGUGUCAGUGAGAGAUCACUGAUGGGUCUGCGAGUCUUGCGCAUGACUUCUGCCAUUGUCUGGGAGGAUGUUGUCCUCCUGGCUCGGCUUCCCCGGCUCGAAGUGGUCGACGUGUGUCUGUCGGUGGAGCGGGAGACGACAGAAUUCGAGCGACUUCUUCCCAAUUCCUUCCCUAGCCUCACUCAACUGUGGCUCGCGUUGCAUCAGCUCGAUGCCGCAGCCAUGCAUCUCCUUGACAGCAUCCAUUCUGUCUGCCUGUCUGACCUGGAAAUGACAAUUGUAGGUGCUGCGCCGGACGUCACGGCGACGCGCAAGUUUUUCGAAAGGCUGGUGCGCAGUCCGUUCGCCGGCGCCCUUACAACCUUAUACUUUGAGGUGGACGAGGCCACGCAGUCCAUGAAAAGUCCAAGCAUACAUCCGCCGACAUCCUCUGUACACACUCUGCGACCACUUCUAGGACUCCAAAACCUCCGCCGACUGUCCAUCGCAUUUCCCCGGAUCCUCCUGCGCGACGAAGACAUCGAGGCUCUGGCGUCCGCCUGGCCACGCCUCCAGAGCAUCCGAAUCCAUCAGACCUGGGAUGGUGAGCUCCCCGUCGGGGUCCAAGCCCUAUCGCAUUUUGUGGUGAAGUGCCCAGACUUGGAGGAGAUAGGCUUUGACGUGGGGCUUUCGGACGAUGAGCGAAAGUUUGUUCACCGCGGAUCUCCUACGUCGACGUCGUCAGUGAAAAGACACCACUGCCGCGAUCUCUGCCCGACUGAAAUCGGCACCUAUUACGUGCGGGCGUAUUUGAUGGUUAUGUUUCCGAACACGUCGACUCAGGAAGAUGAAGAAGAGCUGUUCGCGUACAUAGCAAGAAUUCCGAGUGAGCAGUCUGCUCAACCUCAGGCCGCCGAUGUAGCACAAGGACUUCUUACCGUUUAACUUCUAUCUCUCCAUGACAUGUAUCUUGCAACUGAAAUGCUUGGUUGUAGAUGUAUCUGAUAGUUCUGUACAUUCCAUAGUGAC